CUGGGUUCAGCCUACAGUAGACGUUUCGUCUGCUGAAUUAGGAAACAGUGCAUUUAUCAACCGUGCUGGUUCAGACUUCAUUUGGGCUAUCGUUGCUUCUCCGUGGUUUAGAGCUUCAAGCUGCUCACAGCGAUGGGACGGCCCUUCUUUGCAUACCAUGACACGAGUCCGCCAGCGGACACGACACGCUCCGUGAUACGUUGAAUCUCUGCCCGUAUCCAAAGACUAUUCUAGUUUUAACAAAGCCUGUAACAUUGCAGUAUUUGCGAGAAAUCGGUAACGACAUGCCUACGAGAAACAGGAAUAAGAAUACUAACUCAAACGACAAAAACCUUGCAAACCACCAAGAUGACGUGGCAAAGAAGAGCCCGAAAAUCAGUAAGGCGGACUGCACACCAGUUUCGAGUUCUAGGUCCGGAUCAGGGAAGUUUAGUAAGUUUCUAACCGCAUUGUGUUAUUUCGGUUUAAUCGCUGGAGUGGGUUUCGCAUCUUUUUAUCUCCAGCAAGUACUAUCAGAGGUCGACCAAAUCAGGUUACGAAAUGAAGAAUCGAUACAGAAGAACGCCGAAGUGGUCCAGAAAGUAGAACGUGCUCUUCAACAGGUGAAUGCUAUGAGCUCUUCCGUGGAGAGACUGGAAGCUGCAGUGGGCCGUGCCCAGGCUGACCUGGAAGAUACCAACCGGGCUUUGCGGAAGGGGGAGGUGGAGACACGUCGUGUCGAAGAAGUGCUCCAGAAACUCCAAAAUGAAAUCCUUCGUGACCUCUCAGAGGGAAUCCGUGAAGUGAAGGAAGCGCGGGAGCACGAUUUCUCCUCGCUGGAGCGAACACUGGAGGAACGCCUGGCCGAGCUGAGCCGCUCGAUAAGUGACAGCGUGGCAGAGUUUGCUGAGGCGCAGGGUGAAGCACAGGCCCAGCUCAGUGAGCUCAGAGCCAAGAUGGAGGAGCACAGCGAACCUGGUCUCCUUAAGCACGAACUCCUGUCAAUUACCACAGCGAUGGCUGACCUCCACACUGCCAAUGAGGUGGCAGAGGGCAACAUGGGUGUGCUCAGGGAGCAGAUCGUGUCAGUGGGCAUGGAGCUGCAGACCAGGAACAAGGAGGUGGCAUCGUUGUCUGAAGAGAUUGAGGCAGUGAGGUCUCUGGUUCAGAGCACUGCUGGACAGUUGAGACAGGAGGUGUCUGCAGCCAAGUUCAGCAUGCAGGACAUGUCCGACCGGGUCCAGAGCCUUCAGGAUGGGCAGCACCAGGCCAGCGAGAGCUUCCAGAGCUUCCAGAUGGAGCUGAGAGGAGAGCUGGCCAAGGUCGAGAAGAGAGGAGACGAUCUGGAGGUCAGGCUGAAGGCUGUAGAGGACAACACGAGAGACCAGGUGUCCUCUGCCGCAGAGCAGGCAAGCAGACUUGAGGCCCUACUCUACAAAUAUGACUCUCACGAGAGCGUUCUUGCUGCCCAGGGUCAGGCAGCUGAGAAGGUGAAACAGGUGCUGAAGGAAGAGCUGGAGGGUCUGAGGAGUAGCAUGGGGGAGCUCCAGGCUCACGUUGCCACUCUGGAGGACACUAACAGCAGGCUGGAAGCAACCGAGCACAGGCUGGCUGCUCUGGAAGAUGAAAAGCCAGUGUUGCAAGCAGAGGAGCAUGAAAGCCAUACGCAGGAGGAAUUUGAGUACAUUGCAGAGAAUGAGAAUGCUGUUGAGAGUGAGGACACGGUACAUAAAGAGGAGCCAGAGGAAGAGACCACAGCAGAGGAGGAAGUUGAGGAUGAGGCAGUAACAGAGGAGGUAGUUGAGGAAGAGGAGGGGCAGUGAAUAAAGGGUUGUGUAUUGUCAUCUUGUAGGGGAAUAAGGUAAGCUGUUGUUAAAAGCAGAGUCAAGUGGACUGAUUUUGUGAAUUUGAGAAAUACACUGCUUGCACUGUAGUUUUUUUCACCUGUUUUUGUUAAUACACAUCCUACAAACCCAACCCAUGUUUUGAAUGUGUCAUGAUUGCUGUUUUUUCCAAUAAAAUAUUUAAAACAUU